ACCUUGCUUUAGACUACCAAAGUCUCUCUCUAUAACUCUCACUCUCUCUCUCUCUCACAGUGGUUUCUAAACUCAUUCACAAAACAAUUUCUGGGAUUUUCUUUCAUUCAUAUUUGAAAGAAAAAAAAAAAAAACCAAUCACACAUGAAAAAAAUUGAAAUUUGGACAUGACCCUUUAGAGUUUAUGUUUCUCUUUUCUUUCAUAUAUCAAUGAUGUUGAAGAAAAUUCUUUGAUUAAUUUCCAUUGUCAUUGGUUUUCAAUUACCAUCAAACCCCUCUAAUCAAAAUUCAAUCUUUCUCUUUUUUUUGAACUUGGGUCAAAAAAAAAAAAAUUAUAGUUAGAGAGAGAAAAAAAAGACAGUGAUGGCACCAAAUUCAGUUACAGUUGCAACUACCAAAUCCAAUGAAUUCACUUUGUUAGAAGUAGAUGAUUUGGAUUCUCCAAUGUUUCAAGAGAAACAAAAAGCUGCAAGUACAAAACAAUUUACAUGGUUCAUUCUCCUUAAAUUUCACAAACUUCUGACAUGUUUGACUUGGUUGACCAAUGGUCUCAAAUCAAAUUUUUCAUUGGUCAAGAAGAGAAUUUCAUUGUUUGGUGAUGAAAGUUUCAAUAAAAACACUGGGAGAUUGUACAAGUUCAUCAAGGUUUUUCUUGGUAUUUCAAUUGUUGCUUUGGCUGUUGAAAUCAUUGCUCAUUUCAAUAAGUGGAAUUUGCAUGUGAUUAAACCUUGGGAAGUUCAAAGUCUUCUGCAAUGGUUUUAUGUUGUUUGGCUUUCUUUUAGAGAAAAUUAUGUUGCUCCUUUGGUUUUGAUUGUGUCAAAAUUUUGCAUUGUUCUGUUCUUGAUUCAAUCUUUGGAUCGGCUUGUUCUUUGUCUUGGAUGUUUCUGGAUCAAGUAUAAGAAAUUGAAGCCUACCAUUGAUGAAGAUGCUUUUGAUGUUGAAGAUCCUUCAUGCUUUCCAAUGGUUCUUGUUCAGAUUCCUAUGUGUAAUGAGAGAGAGGUUUAUUCACAAUCAAUUAGUGCUGCUUCUCAACUUGAUUGGCCAAAAGACAGAAUACUAGUUCAAGUUCUAGAUGAUUCAGAUGAUGCUAGUUUACAAAUGCUUAUCAAAGAUGAAGUUGAUUCAUGGAAAGAGAAAGGUGUCAACAUUAUUUACAGACAUAGAUUGAUCAGAACUGGUUAUAAAGCAGGAAAUCUCAAAUCAGCUAUGUCAUGUGAUUAUAUCAAAGACUAUGAAUUUGUGGCAAUAUUAGAUGCAGAUUUUCAACCAAAUCCUGAUUUCCUCAAACUAACCAUUCCACAUUUCAAGGGAAAACCUGACUUGGGAUUAGUUCAAGCAAGAUGGUCAUUUGUGAACAAAGAUGAGAAUCUACUUACAAGGCUUCAAAACAUCAACUUGUGUUUUCACUUUGAGGUGGAACAACAAGUGAAUGGUUAUUUCUUGAAUUUCUUUGGAUUCAAUGGAACAGCUGGUGUUUGGAGGAUAAAAGCUUUGGAAGAAUCAGGAGGGUGGUUGGAGAGAACAACAGUUGAAGACAUGGACAUAGCUGUUAGAGCUCAUUUGAAUGGAUGGAAAUUUAUUUACCUUAAUGAUGUCAAAGUUCUUUGUGAAUUACCUGAAUCAUAUGAAGCUUACAAGAAACAACAACAUCGUUGGCAUUCUGGUCCUAUGCAACUUUUCAGGCUUUGUCUUCCUGCUAUAAUAACUGCAAAGAUAUCAGUUUGGAAGAAGGCUAACUUGAUAUUCCUGUUCUUCUUAUUGAGGAAACUUAUACUUCCCUUCUACUCAUUCACUUUAUUCUGUGUCAUACUACCAUUGACAAUGUUCAUACCUGAAUCUGAACUACCUCUUUGGGUGAUAUGUUAUAUCCCAAUUCUGAUGUCAUUCUUAAACAUCCUUCCAUCACCAAAAUCAGUUCCUUUUCUUGUUCCUUAUCUUCUUUUCGAGAACACAAUGUCGGUUACAAAGUUCAAUGCAAUGGUUUCUGGACUAUUUCAACUAGGAAGUGCUUAUGAAUGGGUUGUGACAAAGAAAACAGGUAGAUCAUCUGAGUCAGAUUUGUUAACCUUAGUUGAGAGAGAAUCAAAGUCUUCAAAUGAAGAGAAAAUUCUCAGAAGACACUCAGAAUCUGGUUUAGAGUUAUUAGGCAAAAUUCAAAAAUCAGAAGUUGUUUUAAAGAAGAGAAACAAACUCUAUAGGAAAGAGUUAGCUCUUGCUUUUCUUUUACUAACAGCUUCUGCUAGAAGUCUUUUGUCAGCACAUGGUGUUCAUUUCUAUUUUCUGCUCUUUCAAGGAUUGGCAUUUCUUGUAAUGGGUUUAGACUUGAUUGGUGAACAAGUCAACUAAAAACAUGGCAUUCAAAAUGUUUUGUUAAGCUAUAUAGCACUCACACUUUAGACUGAAUGUGUGUCUGAUCUUAGACACCGACACAUUUAGUCACAUUCAAUCACUUCAUUUUUUAAAAUUAUUAUUGGUGUCUUCCAUCAGUGUUUCGUAUAUGCGUCAGUGCUUCUUAGGUUCUAAGUCUACAUAUCAGUUGAAAAAACUAUAUCAACUGAUAAGAAAUGAAGAUAUAGAGUAAAUUUGAUUGAUUGUAUAAUCAUAAAAAUGUUAAGAACAAUAAGCAUUAAAGAUUCAUAGACAGAAGAAUGUAAUUUUUUUCUUUUCUAUUUUCAUUCUUUUGUAAACUUCAAAUUUGUUGGAGAGUUAUUUAUUUGGAUUUUGUGAUUUUUUUUUUUUCACUUAUGUAAAGCUUUAGGAUCAAGAAAAUAUUGUCAUGAACACAACUGUAUUUACUUUACUGUCUUCAAGAAUAGCUUGUGAAAUGAGCAACAUAUAGUUCAAUCAAAUUUGUAAUCAUAUUGAAUUAAUUGAAGGAUCUUUGGAAUUUAUAUAA